UAAUUUUUUCUUAUGGUCAAGAAAUAAAACAUAACCAACACAAAGUCACAAACCAAUCUCAUUAGUUUCAUAUUAUUGUACAAGAAAUAUGUCUGACAUUGCUAUGUUAGUAGCUGAGGAGUAUGAGAGAAGGGUCAAGAGUUUGAAAACCACCGCUGAUGCUUCUAAUGGUGGUGCUGUAAAAACAUGGGAGAUUGACAUGUCUUGUUUUUCGCUAUUGGUUUCCAAGUUGAAGGAGGAGAAGGAGCAACUUGUUCGGUCUAUAUUGGAGCCCAAAACACAGUUUUCUGUUGCUGCUUCUAACAGCUUGUUUUCUGCUUGAUUAAAUAACUUGUUCUGUACUUCUGCAGCGUAGGCAUGGCAACGGGGCGGGUCGGGGACGGUUUUUACCUCCCCCAAACCCAAACCCGAAUCCUCAAUCAAUCCCCGUUACCCGCCCCAAACCCAAACGGGGAUGGGGAAUUAAAACCCAAACCCGUCUUUAACGGGUUCGGGUUGGGUUCGGGUAUCCCCGCCCCGCCACCAUGUACUUCGUAAAAUUAAUUUUUUAAAUAAAAAUAUUUAGCUUUUCAAAAAUCAAAUUACAUUGUAAAUAACAAAAUAAAACAAUCUCAAAAAAUUUCAUACAUAUAUUUCAAAUAUUUAAAAUAAUAUAAAUUAAUAAUAUAAAUUAUGAAAUAUAAAUAAUAAUGUACAUAUUGAAAUAAACGGGGCGGGUUCGGGGACGGGUUCGGGGUGGGUACUAGUGUCCCCAUUACCCGACCCAUCCCCAUGUUUUCUAAUCGGGGAAAACCCAAACCCGAACCCAAACCCAGUCAAAGCGGGUUUUCCCCAUUAACUUCGGGGCGGGUUCGGGUGGGUACCCGUGGGUCUGGGUUUUAUUGCCAUGUCUACUGCAGCGUGCCUUAUUGUGUAAUUUGCUUUUCUUGUCUUCUAAUUUUUUAUGAAGCCUUGUGUAUAUAGCUGUGUUUGGAAUUUGAAUCCGAAUUAAAGGUAAUUGUUGUAACAGAGUUUUUCUCACUUGUUUAUAUGUUGGAUUAAUUAAGAGAUAGAUAUGACUCUGGUCGAACUCGUUUCAAUUUGCUUAAAAAAAUUGGUUAUUGAGUUACUUGGACGUGUGAGUGUAGGUAUGACUCCACGAAGUACUUAUAACUGAUUUUGGACUAUUGAAUUAAUUUUUUUU